UUCAUGAGGGUCUGCAGGACGCUGGAUGGCACAGUUCCAAACAGUUUGGUCUGUUAGUGUUGAUGAGUGAUGAAUGAUGCUGAUCCUCCUGCAGGUCUCUGAAAACCCUCACGCAGACUACGGCCUGACAGACAACCUCCAGAGGACGGUGGAGAACGAGAAGGCGAGUGCGGAGAAGCUCUCGAAGCAGAAGGUGGACCUGCAGGCGCUGCCGACCCGAGCGUACCUGGACCAGACGGUGGUCCCCAUCCUGCUGCAGGGCCUGUCCGUGCUCGCCAAGGACAGACCUCCGAACCCGAUCGAGUAUCUGGCGGCGUUCCUGCUGAAGAACAAAUCCCAGUUUGAGGAGAGAAACUGAAGUCGUCUGUCAUGGAGGAAACUCGUUUGUUAAUGAACUGUUUGUUUUUUUAUUCACAAUAAACAUGUUGAGCUGA